UCUCGCGACCACAGCAACGACCAAAAAGGAUGACGAGCCGAAAACCGAAAACGAGUGCGUUGGACAAGAAGGUGCCACGCAACCCAAAGUUCAAGAAUGUGCGUAGCCGCAUCGACACUGGUAGCUCCAUGAGCAAGCAUCAAGAGCGUGUGGACUACGUCAAGAAGCACUUCAAGUACCGCAAGGAUGAGAUCUUCCGCCGCAUCAAGGCAACCACCCUCGUUCAGCUGAUCGUUGAAGUGGAAGAAUCCAAACUGCAGCAAGACGUGGACGAGGACGAUUUGGAUGAAGCAGCGACGUUUCAGCCGCAGCCACCGACCGGCUUUCAGGAGCCCGUCGGACAGCCGCCAAUGCCAGCAUCCAGACCGGACACAUCCGCGGCCCAGAGCAACGCCACCAUGAACAGCACUGCAUCGUCGUUCCUCAGCGUCAUCACGGGGGUUGGCGAGCUGCAACAAGCCGAGCGCACGACCCGCCGGCCCGUUGACACCAGCAGACCAUAUCUGAUCAUCGACGCUCGCUCAUCAGACGACUACGAAGCCUGUCACGUCGUGGGAGCGAAAUCGUUUCCCUACACGCGGCUGUCCCGCGCAACAAACAUGCUCACGCCGGAACUCCUUGCAUACAAGAACAAGGAAGGGUGCGUGAUUGUUGUGUAUGACGAGGACGAGAGCGUUGCACCACGGGUGGCCACAUCGCUCGUUCAGCAUGGCAUUGACAACCUGUUCAUGCUGUCUGGAGGGCUUCGCGUUCUGUCGCACAAGUUCCCUGAUGGCCUCAUUGUUGGCGACCUGCCGGCAUCGUGUCGCCCGAAGAAAGGCGACAUGGCCACGCACGCCCACCGCGUGGUUCUGGGCUCGCUCACACCAGAUAACCUGGAAGUGGUGCGCCAGCAGCUGGAAACCAACCUCCUCGCAGACGAUGCUUCAUCGACUGCAAGUUCGCGCACGAGCAGAACAACGUCGACAGCACGGCGAGGGGCGCCUGCGUCAAAGCCGGGAACGGCAGCAUCCACACGCACCACCCGCAGCUCCCGAAGCACACGCACAACCCCGUCAAAAACAACGUGGAAGUGAGGGACAUGUGCAUGUGUGUGUAGCGCAUGUGCAUGUGUGUGUAGCGCAUGUGCAUGUGUGUGUGGCGCAUGUGCAUGUGUGUGUCUGUGUAUGUCUGUUUGUCUGUCUGUUUGUCUGUCUCUGUCUGUGUAACUGUUGUUCAGGAGGAACUUCAACCCAAGUGUUUCAGCCCGUUCAGUGACCCUUGCUCGUUUCCACACACACACACACACACACACACGCGCGCGCGCGCGCGCACACACUCUCUCCCCUCCAUCUCUUUGUUAUUUUCCGCCCAAGUGCCCAUGCAUCUGGGUGUACCGAUGCAUGUGACAUGUUCUGUUUGUGUUCCUACUGUGCAUUGCUUCAGUUUGUGGUAAUGUGUGAGACCACACAAUACAGAAAGACUUUUCUG